CAGAGCGGCAGUCUCGGCACCACCGAAGAGCGACUUCGCAUCAAGAUGGAAGGUCUCAUCAACGUCAAUAUGGACGACCAGAGGUUCGCGGUCCUGAGUUACGAACAGGUUCGACGACUGAAUGACGUGCUGCAUGAGGUCGUGCCCAUCCACGGGCGCGGGAACUUCCCGACGCUGGAGAUCCGCCUGCGGGACCUGGUGUCGAUGGUGAGGGCCAAGCUGGAGGCCGACUCCAUGACGGUGCGGGACAUUCGCAUCAACGGCGGCGCCGCCUCGCACAUCCUGGCCACCGAGGCCGACCAGGCCUACAACGACCUCGACCUCAUCUUCGCCGUGGACCUGAGCAGCCCGAGGAAUUACGACCGCGUGAAAAAUGCCGUGCUGGAAGUGCUAGUGGAUUACCUGCCCGAGGGCGUGAGCAAGAAGCGCAUGUCGUCGUGCUCCAUGAAAGAGGGCUACGUCAACAAAAUGGUCAAGGUCAACGACUCGGACCGAUGGUCGCUCAUCUCGCUCUCCAACAACGGCGGCAGGAACGUCGAGCUCAAGUUCGUCGACAGCAUGAAGCGGCAGUUCGAGUUCUCUGUCGACUCCUUCCAGAUUGUUCUCGACUCGCUCCUGCUGUUCUACGACUGCGCCGAGAUGCCCAUCAGCGAGAACUUCUACCCGACGGUGGUGGGCGAGAGCGUGUACGGCGACUUCUCCGAGGCGCUGUACCACCUGCAGAAAAAGUUCAUCGCCACCAAGAACCCCGAGGAGAUCCGCGGCGGCGGCCUGCUCAAGUACUGCAACCUGCUGGUCAAGGACUACGAGCCCGCGCGCCCCGAGGAGAUCAAGACGCUCGAGCGGUACAUGUGCUCGCGCUUCUUCAUAGACUUCCCCGACGUGAACCAGCAGCAGUCCAAGCUGGAGGCGUACCUGUGGAACCACUUCGUGGGCGCCGACGAGGCGCUGCGCUACGAGUACCUGAUGGUGCUGCACCGUGUGGUGGACGAGUCCACCGUCUGCCUCAUGGGCCACGAGAGGCGCCAGACCCUCAACCUCAUCGACGAGUUGGCCUGUCAAGUCUUCUACACUGAACAGCAGCGGCUCUACGCCAAACAGCAGCAGCACUGCAGCGACACCAGUAGCACCACCAGCAGCAGCAGCAGUAGCAGCAGCAGCAGUUUCGACGUUCACAUAGCUCCUCCGCCGCCCGUCAUUUACAGCAACGGCUACUACUACGCGCCCAUCGUGCCCGCGCCCGCACCGCCGCAGUCGUACACGUGCACGUGCGGGUGGCUGCAGUGCGCCUAGUGCCAGUGCCCUGCCCGGGCUCCUCGGGCCCCGAGCCCGACCGCGGCCCGCUCAGUGCCAACAGCAAACACCUGGUGACGUUGCGUAGGGCUGGCCCUCGAGCCGCGCCGCCCGCCGAGGAGUGCGGUGGCACGCCCCCGGGACACAGGCGGCGGCGGCCACUGACUUGUAACGCCUCCAUUUUCCAUUGACGCGAGGUAGUGGCGGCGACAGGGCCAGACCAGCGGUGGCAAGCAGGCAGCAGCAGAGGCAGCAGGCUGGUGACAACCUGGCCCUGCUGCCCUUGCUGCUGCCGACACUGCUGACCGCAGCGCCACCGACAAUUGUGAUAUGUACAUGACGAGUAAGUGUGUAGUUCCGUUCCGUAGGAUUCCACGCCAUAGCCACCGACCGUGUGUCGUUACGUUCGCCAAAGGAGUAUUAUUUCAAUGACUGCUGUAAAGGAGUGACCCGUUCAGUGAGCCCACAUGACCAACACACGAUCGUUACCAGCUGGAGGCUCGCCAGGUGGUGACGUCACGGCGACAUGUUGCCGACCCAGCAAGGCACACACGCACGCACGCACGCUCACCCUAAAGACUGUUUGAUGGACUAAAGUGAUUCUUGCGAGACCAGAAAGAGAGAAAAUACAUAAUAAUGAAAUGAAAGCUGAAAAUCGAGUGGCAGACAGCGAGAGACUGUGAGAAGCCUGCCAGAGCGAGCGAAGGCAGGUUGCCAGGCGUGCACGAGGCAGCGAUCCUCGGGCGGCGAGGGGAGAGGCGCCCCCCUCGCCCGACAGGUGGUGACGACGCUGCCCGAGAGAAGAGAGACUGACAAGGGAUAUGACAGUGGAUGUGGUGCCGUCCGUCCCCUCCCCUCCUCCCCAGCCACACUUGCCCUCUUCCCCCUCCCCUUCCCCUCCCCUCAGCCAGGACAGGGAGUCGUAGUGCGUGUGUUUGUGUGCGCGCGCGUGUGCAGGACGCAGGUCGUGCCGCCAGAAUGCCAUGCUGGAUGGACACACCUGCUCCUGCGCCCCCCACCCCCACCCCGACCCCUUCCUCCUGCUGUGGGCGUCCAUUGAUAAGCAGACUCCCCAACCUCCUUCCCUCCUCGCCCUCCUCCUCCCCUUCCUCCUCCUCCUUCUCCUUCGCCUCCUCCCUCGGGCCCUCCUGACCCCCACCCCCCCAGGUGGUGGUUCCCCUGCAGCCAAGUCUACAGGAUGAUACUGACCUCCUUGACCCGAGGCCCCGACCCCUGACCCAGCACCUCCUGCAUGUGACUCUGGUCAUGGCAGCCUCAGGUGAUGGGUCGGAUCCUGGAGGACCGGCGGCCAACUCUACGACCGUGAGAUUAAACUUGGGUCGACCUCCCGCUCUCCAGCCCCGCCCAGCACCUCGGCCCGCACGGAGAACACAACGCGACGACGACGACGACGACGAUGACGAUGACGACGGCUGCGACGACGUUCCAGUUCGACGUUCGAUGGGUUCGACGUCAUCGCUCGCUGCCGCCGUCGGGUCGCUGCCUCCCGAUGGAUCGACUCUUCCGCUACAGGAAUCGAGUCGGUGAUGAUUAUCAGAUGAUGAUAAAGGAGGAGGAGGAAGAGGAGAAGGAGAAGGAGGAGAAAAUGUAGUGGAAAGGGAAAAUAGGAUAAGAGAGAGAGAGAGGUGUUUGCCGCCUUUUUUUUUUUUCCUUUACUCUUUACGGGGGGACUCGAAGUAAAGCCACGACGUCCGACCAGCAAGAGGGAAGGAAACCCCACGAACCAACGACUUCCGCAGCGCCGCCCGCAGGAGGGGAAGGAAGGAGGACGAAGGGAGGAGGAGAAACCGUAAUCGAAAAAAAAAAUCUCGUCCUACUCCAGUCUCAUCGUCUCUCGGAGGAAGCAACAGUCAAGCAAGCAAGCAAACGAGGAAGAAGCGGCGCCAGAAACGUCAUGGACAGCCCCGACGACCCGGAAAAGGCACGACCACCGGCGCCAUCUGCGAGAAGAAAGUACGACCGUCACUCCGGACACCUUAGGUUCUAAAUGAUACUUUUAGAAGACGACCGAAGGAAAAAAAAUGGAUUUUUUUUUUCAUAUACAUAUAUAUAUAAAGGUGUCGUUGGCAACCAGCUAUACUAAAAAAAGAAAAGAAAACUUUAAAAAAAAAAUGAUAAUAAUGAUAAAGAAAACUAGAAAAAUUUGGUGCUGCUUUACACGUUCUCAAUCUUUCGUGUGUGUAUGUGUCAUGGAAAUGAAGGAGCUGUAAUAAGCGGGCCCGUCACGCGAAUCUGUUCUUUCCGGACGAGGCUUGUGGCUAGUUAUGUAAGAAAGAUAACAUUAGCAAAUUGAAAUUAAUAAAAAAAAGAGUUGUGAUAAGUUGUCUAAAGGGUUGAUGAAAGAUGGUUACCACCUGAACCCCAAGCGAGAGGGUGUUGGCCACCUGGCGGGCCAGUCCGGCACGAGGUGUCACAAAUGCUGGAUUGAACCUGAAGCGACCCACGAUGAAAGAAAGAAAAAAAAA